GGAAAGACCUACAGAGCAUUCAGACUUUUCUGACAAGAAAAAUCUAAGUAUAUUGUACAUGUAACAUUUAAGUACAUGUAACCCAAUUUGUAUUUUGUUUAGUGAAUGUGCUCUUCCCCUUGCCCAGGCUAGUUUCUUUGCCUCCUUCCCUGCUGUAUGUGUACUAAAAAUUACUGCACCAGUUUGUUACCUGCUGAUGGUCCUUUUUUUAAAGCUGACUUCACACGCAGCUUUUCACCAGCAGAUGCAGAUAAGGUGGUUCAGAAAAAUAAAAGAUGUGCACGGCCUUUGCUUUUGUCCUGAAUCCUUCUUUCCUGUUACCUGAAUUUAGAUCAGAGAAAGUGCAAGAUUGACCAGAGAUGUACUUGAGCAACAUUUUAAUGAUUUAAAAGGGACCCUAAAGAAGCUGUUGGAUGAGCGACUGAUGUCACUGCUGCAGGAAGUGGAUGCUAUAGAACAAGAGAGCAUCAAACCCUUGGAUGAAUGCCAGAAGCUAAUAGAGCACGGAGUCAGUACAGCCGAUGAUCUGCUCCGGGAAGGAGAGAGUGCAGUCCAUGGAGAUGUGGGACAACACAAUGAGAAACUUUGCAGCUUUACAAAAAAAGCUUUACAUAUUCAGCUAGAUAGUUUACCAGAAAUACCCUCCUUGGUUGACGUGCCUUGUUUAUCUGCCCAGCUGGAUGAUUGCCUCCUUACUAUAUUGAAAAAUCAAAUAUUCAGACAUGGAACUGUGGCAUCUCGCCCACCUGUACAGCUAGAGGAAUUUGUUGAGAAGCCUGGAGGUAUUUUAGUCCGAUGGUGUAAGGUGGAUGAUGAUUUCAUACCACAAGAUUACCGACUGCAGUAUCGUAAGAGUACUGCCAGUCACUUUGAAGAUGUGUAUGUCGGCUCGGAGACAGAGUUCAUAGUGCUGCAUAUCGAUCCUAACGUUGAUUACCAGUUCAGAGUCUGUGCCCGAGGAGAUGGACGGCAGGAGUGGAGUCCGUGGAGUGUUCCUCAGAUCGGCCAUACCACACUAGUUCCCCAUGAAUGGACAGCUGGUUUGGAGGGUUACAGCUUGAGCAGUCGAAGAAACAUAGCACUUCGAAAUGAUUCUCAGUCGUGCGGUGUGCUCUACUCCAAAGCUCCUACUUAUUUCUGUGGGCAAACAUUAACAUUCAGAAUUGAAACUGUGGGACAGCCAGACAGACGAGACAGCCUAGGAGUGUGUGUGGAGCAGCAGAACGGUUAUGAUUCUUUGCAGAGGGAUAAAGCUGUGUGCAUUAGCACAAACGGGGCAGUAUUUGUAAAUGGAAAAGAGAUGACAAACCAACUGCCUGCUGUUACUUCGGGAUCGACUGUGACGUUUGACAUGGAAGUUGUGCAGUUAGGCCCUUCCAGCAAUGAGGGAGGAAACUUCAAGCUUCGAGUAACCAUUAGCUCUAACAACAGAGAAGUGGUCUUUGACUGGGUACUUGAUCAGUGCUGUGUCUCUUUGUAUUUUGGAUGUUCAUUUUCAUACCCAGGCUGGAAAGUUUUGGUGUUUUAACAGUGAGUGAAGGGAUUUUUGUUCUUGCUAUAAAGUGUAAUGUUAAAACCUGGGUUUCCAGCUGUUUGACAUCAGUCUGUUAAGAAAAAUGUGUCUUUAUAUUACUUGAACUCCACUAUGUUGUACUCCCUACUGGAUUAAUUUAAAAAAAAUAAUUGUGAAACAUUGGAUUUGUUACUCUGGAAAAAGCUAGAAACAGGCAUUUGCGUAGACAAGUUAACUUAAGCAGUCCCUAAGACCUUUCCUUUUUUUUUUUUUCUCCAGACUUGAUUUUUGUCAGUAUUUCAUUGUACUCUAGUCUCAGGGUACGUGUGUUGUGUAGAAUUGACUUUGCUUAAUGCUGCUGUUCUGUGAAAUAAGCCUGUAAACGUUUAAGGGGUAGAGGGGUGGUAAUGGACCAAAGUUUUAUUUAUACCACUCAAAAAGAACAAAGUAUUUAGAACAGUGAUGUCCUGCUAUGCUUCCUUGUACACAAUGCUGCCUUAAGAGUAUGAAUGGAUAGUGGUUUCUGCAUGCAGCAGCUAUUUCUUCCAUGCACGGUACUGUUCAUUCCUCUGAGCAAGGACAUCUGAGCCAUAAUGUCCGUUUAAAGAUGUAGCGAGUCAAGUGAGAUAUUAACUAAGUGCCUUAUUUCCAGAUAUUUUUUUAACUGUUCUAUGUGUCUGUUGUCACUUGGAAUAUAUUUUCUAAAGUAGUUGCAUGGUUAUGCUUACGUCAACUUAAUGCGGAUGCUUGCCUCAAACUAGACCAAUACCUAGAGUAGGACAGUUAUCCUGAUGUCAGGGCAAGUCUUAGCAAUUUAGUACUUGGGCACAACAUGCAGAGUGGCAGCCACAGUUCCUCACAGAGCCCUUCUAAAAGACAGCCUUCUUUCUGUUGUCUCAGUUGCUGGACAAGGGGAGUGCUGUUCUGAUGUGCAGGAUUCCUGGAAAUCCCAGACAGCCACCUGGGAACGCCUUGCAUUUGUGUGCAAUAGUGCAGGUGGGUGGUCUGAGCACUGGGGCUGGACUAGGCUGCUCUGGCAAGCUGGGCCUGCUGCUGCAGAUCCACCUGGGGAGAUGGAGAGGGAUCUGGGUACAGGCUUAGGGCAGACCCCACUGGCACAGAUUUGACCUGUGGCAGUCCAAAUGGAGCAGAGGGUGGUAAUUUAGCUCCCUUCCAUGUAAUAGAAUGGGAUAAGAAAUUGUGAUUGAUUAAUAGACUCUGAAUUCAGAAGUUACAUAAAAUUACCACUAUUUCCCCUAAGGGAAAUGAACUUAUCAAAGCAAGCCUAUUCCUCGCUUUGUUAAGUUCAGAAGAUUUGCAAUACUGCUGGAUUUAAAGAAUAUUUAAAAGUAACACAAAGGGCCUUCUUACCUCAAGCUCAAUUAAAAUUAAAAAUAUUUUAGCAUGGUAGAAUAGCAAUAUUUAUAAAACCUAGACAAUCAUUCUGCCCUUUUCCCUUCAGUGUCAACAUGCUACAUUAGCCCUCUCUGCUAGCAUAAAAAGCUUAAUUUACAUUAGAUUAAUAUCCCCCAUACUCACAUUGUCAGUACAAAAAGAUUAGUCAUCGUGCCUGUUUUUUUCCCAAGCACCUGUAGUAGGGAUGAAAGAAUUUCAGAAGAGGAAAAUGGCUAUUGGUAUUUAUACCAUUUACAAGAAAAUAAUUGUGAGUAGAUUCAGAUGGAUGCACCUAACUUGCACAGGGAAGUUAGGUCAGAAUUUACUGUAAGACAAAGUGAGGAAGACUGGACACCUGCAGGUAAGAUUAUCCAGUGUUAGCAACAAAAAGCCUGCAGUAUUCUCAGUUUUUCAAGCUUAUUUCACUGUUAAGGGAGUAAGAGAAUGCUAGUUUAUCCUGUACUUUCAGUGUUCUUUUGAAUUAUCCUGUCAAGUAUUUUCAAUACUUUCAAAAGAUGGUUCUUUUCCUGUAGUAAGUCCUGUUUAGAAAGGGUCAGGCUGGCAGCAGCGGACUUGUCCUGCUCCACCCAGUAGCACUGGUAAUUUUACAUACACACUUCAGGUGACAGGUACUAGUUGUAACUUAGUACUUUUAACAUAUGGAAACUAAAAUUGUGAGUAUCUACACUUCUGAGGUACCAACAGGUCAGGUACCUUUUCAUCUGCCUUUGGAGGGGCUAGUCAGACUAUUAAUUCUGCAGGGUAUUUACUUACAUAUUAUAAAAUAAAGCUUAAGCCUUGAAUUCAGGUACUUGCAGAGACGGUAAGGCCAUGUCCGUUCAGAAUAUACAUACAAAGCAGCUAAAGAUGACUGUGAAGGGCCCCAGGAGGCCCUUGCUGCUCCCCUUGAGAGCUGAAGAUGACAAUAGAAGAAAUAGUUUUUCUGACUUCAGUCUUUAGCUGUAUGUUGAACAAGGGCAGCUUGCCAGUUUUGGGUUGGUUUUGGGUUUUUGUGGGUUUUUUUCCACCUUAGCAUAAGCCUAGCUGUCCAAAUUACAAUUUAGGUACUGUUCAGCCACCUCUUAACAGCUGCACCUUUUAAACCUGGGAGGGGGCAAGAGUCUCAGGGCAAGAGACUUGAGUAAUAAAGUAACAAAGUGUGCAAAGAAUCAGAAGACACGUGAAUUACAAAGGUUUAAAUUCUGUUCUUCCACAGUGGAGUUCAGCUAGAUAGAAAACUUGACACUUCCUCUGUAAUUUUUCACCUCUAGCUAUUGGAGCCUUGCUGGCAUGUUAAAUGCUUAUGAAAUCCAAUCCUGAAAGUUGUUUUCUUAAGCUAGUAUAUUCACUUACCUCAACUAAGACUUGUGUCAAGUGAAAUCUGAAUUUUUUAAAAAAAUAAAGUUCUAUCCCUUGACUGUG